CACAUUGCACACACUUCAUUUCUUAUUGGAGGAGGUGUUUGUCGUCGUUUUUUGUUAAAUAAUCAACGAAAAAAUUAAUUAAAAUAUGAAUAAUUUAACACGAUUAAUGGCCAACUGUGCCAUACAAACACAACGUCACAGUUUAUUAAUGCCCGCCACCUCAACCAUUGCCGCAAUUCAAUUGAGAACGAAAACAAAAAUUGUAGAGAAACCCAAACCCGGCAAUGGCAAGCAAUUUAGGCGAAUUGUCCACUUUAAAGAUGAAUACACAGUGGAACCAUUGGAAAUUACCCAUUUGGCUGGUCGUGAUCCGGUAACUGGACGUGUUGUGGCCAAAGGUAUUGGUGGUGGUUUGAAACAGAAAUACCAUUGGAUUAAGUGGGUACGGGAUGGUCCCGUGGAAGGUCCACCCCAAGAGGAAAAGGUAAUUGAAAUCUUGGAUGAUGGAUGUCGCACGGCCAAAAUAGCUUUGGUGGGAGUUGGUGAUGAGUUGAAGUACAUUUUGGCUACUGAAAACAUGAAGGCUGGGGACAUUAUUAAGACAUCCCGGUUUAUUCCACGUAUUCCAGUACGUCCCAAUGAGGGCGAUGCCUAUCCUUUGGGUGCCUUACCAGUUGGCACCAGAAUACACAAUCUGGAAAAGAAUCCCGGUUAUCCCUGCCAUUUGAUUCAUGCAGCUGGCACCUAUGGCACCAUAUUGCGAAAAUUCGAUGAUAAGGUUGUGGUCCAACUGCCCUCCAAACGUGAAUAUGCCUUUGACAAAACCUGCAUGGCCACUGUGGGUCGUGUCAGCAACAUUGAACACAACAAAGAACACAUUGGCUCAGCCCAGAGAAUGCGUCUAUUGGGCAAUCGUCCACGUUCCGGCUUGUGGCAGAGAAAGGAUGGCCGCUUUGGUCGUAAAAUCAAGAAAUUGCCACCUAUGACAUUGAUACCGCCACCACCCGGAAAGGCACCAGAAGUCAUAAAACUAACAAUACCUUUGUAA